AUGGGCUAUUCCGGCAACCCCACGACGGGAGGAGGAACGUCUGACGACGGGGUGGCCAUUAGCGCGGCCAUUGUCUCGUUCCUGGCAUUGUCCCUGUACAACGUCCUCGAGCUCGACGUCAUCAUCUUCUCGUCGUUUAGGCGGCGGCGCGGGCUCUACUUCUGGAGCUUCCUCGCCGCGACCAACGGCAUCGCGCCGCACUCCAUCGGCUUCCUCCUCAAAAACGUGCUCAACUCGCGCAACUACGUGCUCUACAUCACGCUCGUGGCCGUGGGCUGGGUGCCCAUGGUCACGGGCCAGUCGCUGGUGCUCUACUCGCGGCUGCACCUCAUCUUCUGGAACACCUUUUGGCUGCGCGCCGUGCUGGCCAUGAUCGUCUUCAACGCCGUCGCCAUGCACGUCCCCAUCAUCGUCCUCAUGUACGGCGCCAAUGCCUCGCCCUCGAACCCCUGGGUCCACCCCUACGACGUCUACGAAAAGGUCCAGGUCACCAUGUUCUUCCUCCAGGAGCUCGCCAUCUCGGGCAUCUACAUCAAGACGUGCUUCUCCUUCUUCGACACCGAGGACAGCAUGUACGGCGGCGCCGUCCGCAAGAUGCGCCGCCACCUGCUGCUCGUCAACGUCUUCAUCAUCCUCCUCGACAUCCCCAUCCUGUGCCUCGAGUACACCGACACCUACGACCUGCAGACGGCGUACAAGGCCUUUGUCUACAGCGUCAAGCUGAAGAUGGAGUUUCGCAUCCUCAACGAGCUCGUCGAGAUGACGCGCGCCCGCGACGAUGUGGACCCGUUCCACAAUAGCUCGAGCUUGCGAAUACACGACGGUGCUGCUGCGCCAGCCCCGUCAAGAUAG